AUCUACCGUCAUGCUCCGGCGCCCCUCCCUUCCAACAUGUGUCGCACGCGCUCUAGACAGAGUGCCAACUCAUCUCAGGUCGCGUCGGUCCGUCGCGCGCGCUAAUGCACCCGCGCGAGCGCCUCGCCGCAACGCCUGGGAGUAAUGUGGUUAUUCCAUCUGAAGACGCCCAUCGUUGGCCACAUUGCAGAAAAGACGAGUCAGAAGUGUGACAAAACUAGUGAAAACUGUGCAUAAAAGCGGCCCGGUUGCACUGAUUGGCACAGUUGGCUGUGUGUCGGUCGGUGAGACGGUGGCUGACGCGCUGGUCGGACGGCUCGAGGUGCACGGGGAGGCGGGAGGACACGCCGCGCAGGGAGGACGCACUCGGGAGGACGCGAGAGGAAUACGAGUGCGAGCCAUUGGAUAGAACGGUUGGAUUCCAAACAGGAGCAAUGAAGCUGGGCUGUAUCCUCCUUUUGGCCCUGGCCGCCGUGGCUGUCGCCGACUCCAGCGAAUACUACCAGAACUACGAGACAGACUACAGCCAGGAGAGUUCCUACGACCAGGGUGCACCGUCACCAAAUUAUUACAGCAGUCAAAAACGACGCACCGCGCGGCAGCAGUCGGGACUGAGCGGGAUCUUCAAGAAGCUGUUCGGUUUCGGUGCCACGCGUCGUCAGUUUACGGGAACGGGAACCGGCUUCGGUACCGGGUUCCAGACAGGUCCUCUGAUCGCAGCGCCAACCACCACCACCGGUGGCAUUUCAGCGGCGUCGCUCGCGCCAUACCUCCUCCUGGGUCUUCUGUUCGGGCUGGGAACCGGCGCGCUCGUCGGCGCGUUCGCCUCACUCGACUUCAACUCGUCCGGCCGUGGCCUGGACACGGACGAGUGGGAGGUGGACCACUCAGUGUGGAUGAACCAGCUCCAGAAGGACUUUGAAGACUCGUGGAGCACCGAGUAAAGCGACAGUGAGGUGGUCAAGGGUUGAACCCAUGACGACCGAAUUGUGAUAUGUGUGUUCUGUUUUGUUGAUAAUUUAUCAUGAGGUAGGGUCGUUGACGUUACCCGUUUUCUUCUCCAGUUAUGCUCAAAGAGCAGUAUUUUUUUGCCAGUUUUUUCUUCAGAUUUUGUUUUGUUGCGUUUCUCUUAUCGUUUUCAUAAAUUAGUGAAAUACGAUUUUCAUUUUCGUUUUUGUAGUUAAACUUCACUAAAAAUUGUAGGUAUUGUUGGAUUGUUAUUGCAGUCUGAAACUUCUGUGUGUGCCGAAGACUUUUAUUGAUAAAUGCUGUUUAUGUGUGCAUAAAACACAUUUUCAUUGCUCAAUCUUAUAAAAUGCUUCACGACAUAUCAAUCGUCUUACUUGAUUAGUUAGCACAACUCUUCAAAUUGUUAACGCUGUAAUGUAUGCAUACAGCUGCAUUUUA